GAGUGAGGUGGCAUUCAUCCGGUUCCUGCUUCUAGCAACACAGCAAGAGAUAGAGCAAAAGCUUGUUGUACAAUCUAUCACUAUAGCCUAGCCAAUUGUUGUGCAGAAUGAGAUAUGCUUGCGUCAUAGCCUAUAGCCUACCCUGCGUUUAUUCAGACUUCAAUAAGAAGAAAGUAGCCUAAAGCCCAGGGCUGAGAGGAAACAGAGGCUAUCGAGAGGCAGGACUACGCUGGAAUAAACCCUGCAGUCUCACCCAUGCUUCCUCCCGAAUAGCCUACUUCUCCAGCAGUUUUACACUGUCCCAACUACUGUUUUGACGUUAUAAAUUUUUUCUGCAAAGGAAAGAACCGAACCAUGGAACUUCUUUGCUUCGAGGACAAAGUCGUGAGAGCCCAAAUUGACCCCAACAUUCUCUAUGACGACAGAGUAUUGCAAAGUCUGCUAACCAUUGAAGACAGGUUUCUACCGCAAUGUUCGUAUUUUAAAUGUGUCCAGAAGGACAUUCAGCCACAAAUGAGGCGAAUGGUUGCAGGAUGGAUGCACGAGGUUUGUGAAGAGGAGAAGACUGAGGAAGACGUUUUCCCCUUGGCUAUUAAUUAUUUGGACAGAUUUUUAGCGGUGGUGCCCACUAGAAAGUGUUAUUUGCAACUUCUAGCAGCUGUAUGCAUGUUCCUUGCAACAAAGUUAAAGGAGAGUCGUCCAUUAACUGCAGAAAAGCUGUGCAUGUACACAGACAACUCCAUCACACCAAGGGAGCUGCUGGAGUGGGAGUUGGUGGUCCUAGGGAAGUUGAAGUGGAACAUGGCGGCAGUCAUCCCAAACGACUUUGUGGAUCACAUCAUAGGCAGACUGCCCCUGCCCAAAGAGAAGCUAUCUGUGGUCCGCAAGCACACACAGACAUUCAUCGCCCUGUGUGCCACAGAUUUCAGCUUCGCCAUGAACCCCCCCUCCAUGAUCGCUUCGGGCAGCGUGGGGGCGGCCGUCUGCGGCCUACAGCUGGACCAAUCAGACCAGGCCCUGAGUCGAGACCAUCUGAUUGACCUGCUGGCUAAGAUCACCAACACAGAGGUGGACUGUCUGAAGGGGUGUCAGGAGCAGAUAGAGCGGGUGUUGGCCAGUAGCCUGCAGCAGGAGCAACAGCAGCAGAGGCAGGAGGCCCGAGGCAGGCCGGGCAGCAAGACCAUGGAGCAGCAAGACCAGUCCAGAACCCCAACAGACGUAUCCAGCACCCCAACAGACGUACGCGACGUCAACCUAUGAGCUUCCCACCACCACCAUCUACAAGAGUGACGUCCACCAGCGAGCUCCCAGCAAUCACGUCACUCUGUCAAUCUAUGGGAUCCAACAACGUCAAGCAAUGAGCUGCCAGCACAUAUGCCAAGUCAACCAAUGAACUCCCACCACUAAAUGCCACACCAAUCUUUGAGUUCCCACCCUUGUGUGUUAAGUCAACCUGUGAGGUCCCACAAAGUUUGGGAUGACAGUCUAUGAGCUGCCAACAGCAUCAUGCUGGAAUUAUCAACUGAUAAGAACUUUUAUAAACAAGAUAGAGAAUAGGUUAAAAGAAAAUUGGGUGGCUCCCAUCUAUAUUUAGCUGGUCACAUAUUAACAUAUGUACCAUAUUAAAUUAAACAAGCUAUUUAGACACAAAAUGUAUUUGAAAACUUGAUAGUGCCUUAGGUUUGCAGAAAGGAAACCUGAAUAGAUUUGCAUACUUGAAUUAUGAAAUAUAGAAAUUUUAGUUUUUUACUUGAUAAAAAUUAAGAAUAUUGUUUUUCACUUGAAAAAAGCUAGCAAAAACAUUUAGUUAUUAUUCAUAUUAUUGUAUUAUAAUUAUUGUUAUUAUAAAUAUUGUUAUCAUUAUUUCAAUAUAAUUUAGUUUUAUGAUUAUUAUAAUAAUAAUUGUUAAUCAUUAUUAAGCAUUUAUCAAUUUCACAGUGAGUGGGCGUUUCCCUCAGUUUCAAAUACAGGAAGCCCCUGUAGUACUGUGUGCUUUACAUUACAGUAAGUGCUGGUUUGGUUCUGCACAGUGUUCAUACACCUUUACUUAGGAGAAGCUAAUGUACAGGAGGAGGAGAGCUGCAUCUCCUGCCUGCUAAACUGUGCAUCUGUAGCACUGCUUCCUAUUUAUGGUCUUAUAUGCUGGCCAGGAGAGGGCUGGGCCCACUCACACAGAACACAGAGAGAGAGAGUGAGAGAGGGGGGUAGAGAGACACACAUGAGGAGACCUGAGGGUGUGUAUAUACUGCCCCCUAAGGGUGAGAGUGAGGACAGAACAACUAUCAGCUGUUAAGGUCUUGAUUUCAUUGCCAAGUUAAUACCAAGCCAAUAUUUACUUUUUGAAAUGAACAAGGCUAUUUUUGUUGUUAUAUGUUAUUGGAUUGUGUGCUCUGAGAAACUCCUGCACGUUAUAAUUUUUUUUUAUUGAGGAUCAUAUACACCUUUUAUACCAGGGAGCACUGUUUAAGUCUGUCAGUAAAGUUGGCGUGAAAGCAUGUUUUUGUUCUGUAUCAGCCAAAGCCAAUACUAAGGGAAGGAAGACAGCAUGUUGAAGGGAUGGUCUUAGUUUGGAGAUGAGAAUGAAACAACAGUUGUUUGUUAGUGUCAGAUGGAUUGUUAAAAAUGUUUUGUAGAGUUGGAGUGUAUGGAACAUUUAGACCAGAGAAAGUUAGGCAAAGGUGGAGUAGCCUAUUGGAGAGUGAGAGGAGAUGGCAAAAAAGGGAGGUUUUGAGAGUGGAACUAGAGACGGCACGAUUGGUGCCAUGAAAUGAAGGACUGCAGACAGUUGAAAUGAGGGGGAAAUGGAUGAAGACAUGGUAGGAAGCUCUCGAGUGGCACACCGGAACAAGCCUGUUCUUGAUUGGAAGGGCUGCAGACGGUUAUCAUUCUGAUAGGUCAAGAGUUGAUCACGAGGGAGCAGUUUGGUGUGCUGGAAUGUUUCCUGUAAGGGCCAUCCUGUUGUUAAAUCCAACUAGAUAUUUAAGUCAUGAUCAAAGACUUGGAUCAACCUAAAUGCACUUUUAAAAACAUGUUCCAUAAAAGCUGAAGGGGAUGGUGAUCAAACGGGGUAGAUGGGUUUUCUAAUGUUUUAUUUUUUUAUUAUGAUUUUUUUUCUUUAAGUUAUUUGAUAUUCGCUGGGCUGGAUUCCCACUUAGGGUGAUGCACAAUGACUAGAAAGCAUUUCCUGACCAAUUAGUAGGAGAAGGGUUUACCAACGUGGAACCAAAUCAAUUGCAAUGCAAACCUAGGAAUGCUUUAAAACAAAUCACAUCUAGACUUGAUUCUUUGAUUACAUCCAUUUAACUUGAAUUUUAUUUUUGCCUGCUUCAUAUCCAAAUCAAUAUGAUGGUCCUAAGAAAGGAUUACACAUCAUAAUGUUUUUUUCUGGUUCAUUGUUUUUUUGCAUUUCGUUUUGCUCCACAUUUCAGCUUGUUUGUCAGAAAAAAUAUAUUUUCCUUAUGGGGUGAUACUAUGUCAAAAAUAACAAAAAAAACAUACGGUCUUACAUUUACAUUUUAGUCAUUUAGCAGACGCUCUUAUCCAGAGUGACUUACAGUUAGUGCAUACAUUUUCAUACUGCAUACAUCUUUAAACCUAUAGGCAGAAAACUUUGCUCUUUACUUUUGGCAUGCAUGUUCAACAAUGCGGAAAGAACUUAGAACCUAUUUGCUUGUUUUUCUCAUGAAACGCAAUUUUCUAAAAACGGAGAAAAGAUAUGAGUAAGCCUUUCAAGUUUUGUUUAUGUUAAUUACUUACAUUAAUUACUUAAAUUAAUUUCUAAGUGAUGAAAGCCAAAAUAGAUCUGUUUAUGUUUGAUAUCUUUUUCUUGCUGCUAUUAAGCGUUUUGUUUUUCAAUCUUAUAAUUGUGAUAUUCACUUGAGUGUGCUGCUAAAUUAUGAAUUUUAAAGUAUCCUAUUGUUUCCUUGCUUUUUCCUUGUUGUAUGUAAACUGUAGAGAGUGGUAAAGUAAGAAAGUGGGACAUGUCGUGGACUGGAAGUACCAUCUGCAGUUUUCUCAAAUAGCAUGUUUUACUCUCUUCUUUCCAUUUAUCUGGUGUUCUGUCGUUUCCUUGCUACAUUCUCCCAUUGAAAUGUUGUUGUAACUCAGGUUCAUUGGACAAUACCUCACAACUCAGCAGUUUUUUCAGGGAGUUAGAGGAAUCAAAUCUGACUCUGAUGCAUUUUGAAAGGUUAUAGAAUUUUUUCCUGGAUGAGAGGCAGGAGAUCCACGUGGCACCUCCUCUCUUUAUACAACAGAAAUUAUUUCUCAUCCGUCAGAUUACAUCUGUCGUUGGCCAAGUAGAGUACCAUAUACCAGUUAUUUCAUAUCAUACCUGGUGCUAAAUAAAAGACGGCUAUAUAAAAUGUAUUUGGAAGAUUAAAAAACGAUAUAUUUGUAUAUUAUUUUUCCUACUUAUGAGUUACAACUUAAUUGGCACAUUAGGAUCAGUGUAUUGGAUUAAGUGGAAUUAAUUUUGUGAGGUACCCAUUUAGUCAGAGUUUUUUUUAAUCAUCAAAAAAUAAUGUUUGUGUGUAAUCCUUCAGUGUGGAAAUCUGUGGGUUUCCAGUUUGUUUUGACCCCCACCACUGUCAACCACAUGUACCUCAGAAGUGUCUGAUCUACAACUUCUGUUCAAUAAAUUUGACCCCCAAAAAAAGAGUGAAGCAUCUUUAUUGGCUAGUAAUGUAGCUGUCUUCUUUUCUGUGCUGGUUAAGGGAAGGUUAACCUCAUCGCCAGGCUCAAAUUGAUGGUGCAUAGAGAGCUGGCUGGUGGACGAGAUUAAGGGAAGGUGACGUGUAGAAUGAUUGGGUUGGUGGUGGUGUACUGUGCAGUCAAGUAACUAUGCAGACCCAUAUGAAGGUACGUUAAAGCUUGAGGGUGCUAAAUGGCUUCUCAUUUGAUUGAAGAUAUACUGUACCAAAAGGCUAUUGUGUUAGUCUGCAGCUAUAGGCUUAUCUGACACCUAGUGGCUGUGGGUUCAAACUUUUUAUGGGGGGAGAUCCUUACGCCAGAGCCACAGACUCCUUCACACUUGCUACUCUUCUCUUUGUAAUUUUGACAUCGAGAGUUGCAGAAACGUAUACAAAAGCACAAAUAGAUGAUAAUUGAACCCACAACCUCUUGGCUGUAAGUCAGUGCUUUGACUAUUAAACCACCAAGUCUGUACCCCUUUCCUGCAGACAAAUGACCUAGUGGCCUCAUGGGUGGAAUCUUAUUAAUAUUUUACAUAAUUUCAUAAUGAAUGAAUAUUAUUAAAAAUAUAAUAAUCUGGUGUUUCUAUGUCAAACAGUUUUGUGAUACUU